AUAAAAAAACUUUUGCAGAGUUAUCUGAAGGUAUGUAGUUGUUCAGUAAGACCUGCCGCCGAUGCCUGUUCGACGGGUAGUGCACGGUGGGACUUGGAAUGGGAAAGUUUAAAACAAGGGGAUAUAUUGUGAUCCAGAGCUCCGAAUUGCUCUUCUGGAUUUAGCUAGUUAACUGGAAUUUGCCGUCUGCUUUUAGAACGUUCGCAAUGAAAAACAGUUAUGAGAUGAGGCUCGUUUUAUGGGCAUUCUGGCUUUAUUCAUGCACCGGAACGUCAAAUACCCUAUUUACAAUUCCCCUCAAGAUUUUUGUUGGGAAGUUCAAUUCUUCUGUGAAUUUAGACUUAAGCCAUUUGAAACGAACCGAAACGUCCGACAGCGGGCUUUCUCUGGCUUCUGACCCAACUGGACUUGUAAAUUUUUUGGACAUGGUCGAUAAUUUAAAAGGAGAUGCAGGUCGAGGAUAUUACCUGGAGAUGUUGCUUGGGGCUCCUGGUCAAAAGAUGAAUAUCCUGGUGGACACAGGUAGCAGUAACUUUGCUGUGGCGGCCGCACCUCAUCCGUACAUCACACACUACUUCAACAGAGCUCUCUCCAGCACAUACUCCUCCACCGGCAGGGCCGUGGCGGUGCGGUACACGCAGGGCAGCUGGGCGGGAGAGCUGGGGCAGGAUGUCCUCUCCAUCCCCCAGGUCCCCAUCGGCACCAUCACCAUCAACAUCGCCUCCAUCCUCACCUCCGACGGCUUCUUCCUGCCCGGGGUCAACUGGCAGGGCAUUCUGGGACUGGCCUACUCCACACUAGCACGGCCGGACAGCUCGGUGGAGCCCUUCUUCUCCUCGGUGGUGCGGGAGACAGGACUGCCCGACGUCUUCUCCCUGCAGAUGUGCGGGGCGGGGCUCUCCGCCGGGGGGGGUGGGGCGGACCCAGCCGGGGGGAGUCUGAUUCUGGGUGGAAUCGAACCAUCUCUGUACAAGGGGUCGAUUUGGUACACCCCUAUAAAAGAGGAGUGGUACUACCAAGUGGAGAUCCUGAAACUGGAGGUGGGAAACCAGAAUCUGAACCUGGAUUGUAAGGAGUACAAUGCUGACAAGGCCAUUGUGGACAGCGGGACCACCCUACUGAGGCUGCCACAGAACGUCUUCUCCGCCGUGGUGGAGGCCAUCGCUCAGACCUCACUGAUCCAGGACUUCUCCGAGGGCUUCUGGUUGGGCACAAAGCUUGCCUGCUGGCUGAAGGGCGAGACGCCUUGGAGGCUAUUUCCCAAGCUCUCCAUCUACCUGCGCGCCACCAACGCCAGCCAGUCCUUCCGCAUCUCCAUCCUGCCCCAGCUGUACAUCCAGCCAAUCACAGACAUCGAUGACGGCCUGGACUGCUACCGCUUCGGCGUGUCGUCUUCGGCGAACGGGCUGGUGAUCGGCGCCACCGUGAUGGAGGGCUUCUACGUCAUAUUCGACCGCGCCAACAAGAGGGUGGGCUUCGCCGUUAGCACCUGUGCAGAGAGCGGUGGGUCAGCCCUGGCGGAGGUGGCGGGCCCGUUCGGGGCGGUGGGCGUAGGCUCGGACUGCGCGGGCGGGGCCCUGCUGCGGGAGCCCUGGCUGUGGGCGGUGUCCUACGCCCUGAUGGCCACCUGUGCCCUGGUGCUGCUGCUGCUGCUGCUGCUGCUGCUGCUGCCCUGCCGCUGCCACGGCAACCUGCCCGCCCAGCUCACCGACCAAUCCUCCCUCAUCCGCAACCGCAUCAAAUAGACUGCACCAAACACUGCGCUCCCAUUGGAUCAUUCCUAACGGGCGCGUCUCUCCUUCCACACAGGCACAGAGCCCCUGCUUCUGGCCUAAAGCAGAUGACCACAGAAGCAGCUGCAGUCAUCACUAGAAUAUGUCAUUCCUGCUACACUCAACCACAUCCCCCUUUACUCUCAAACCAGUAAACCUGUACACCAGUCACAUUUGGUCAACAGCUACACAGGGUAAUUGUUUUAUGUGCUCAAAUAUUUUUUGUUUUUUUUAAAUAUAAAAUGAUCCAAAUUAUGUUUCUCAGUGACAUUUAUAUCAGGUUUCUGUCAGUAAACACUAAUUUAUGACCAAUCAGGGUCAGGUUUACACAACCUCGUCCUCCAUUUUAUGGAGUGAGGUGUUCAUGCUGGAGGCUGCUACUGUGUCACUCUGUGCCUUCAGUCUCAUUGUCUUUGAAUGCUGGAAUAGCCUUGAUAGACCAUUCCUAUUGCUUUACCUAAUUGUAUUAUGAUGAUUAUGCAAUAUGUAUUUACACAAAGCACAGCAAAAUCACCUCUGUUGUUUUUUGUAAUUUAUGUAUGUGAGCAGUAUAAUAGUUUUUUUAGUUGAGCACUAAUGAAAUCUCUUGCACUACUACGAGACAUAACACCAAGCCGCUAGGCUGUAGGAAGGACACAUUGCACUUGUCAAGGAAAGGAGGGGGGGGGGGGUGGAAACUGUGGUUUCCACUUUAAAAUGUAAUAUUGGAGGUCACUAAUGUUCAUAUUUUGUUAACUACUCCCAAAUGAGAAAGAACAACAGACUUGUUUGCAUUGCUUUACAAAUGUCCGCACAGGAAAAGGUCAUUUUGUUUUGUUGUUUGUAUAUUGUUUCAGGAGAUGGAAAUUGCAUUACCAAUGCAUAGAGGUGAUUGUAAGCCAUUGCAUGUCUUUUGAUCAGUGAUCAGUGUUUACACCAGUGUCUCUCAGUCUUACCGUUGCAUUCUGGGAGUUGGGAGUACAGACACAUGACCAUGGAACUUUACGUUGCAGAGUCACUAUGGCAACGGUGACCGUGGAGACGCAGUGACACCUCACCACAAAUGUGUGCGUGAGAGUGAGAGAGUGAGUGUGUGUGCGAGUGCGUGUAGCGUGUGAGAGUGAGUGAGAGUGAGUGUGUGUGAGUGUGUGCGAGUGAGUGUGUGUGAGUGAGUGUGUGAGUGUUCGAGUGCGCGUGAGUGUGUGUGAGUGCGUGUGUGCGUGAGAGAGAGUGUGUGCAUGUGCGUGUGCCUGUGCGUGUGCGUGUGCUUGUAUGUGAGAGUGCGCGAGCAUGCGUGGCUCAUCCGGGCUGAUGGGAAGGCAGCCUCCUCCCCAGCUACAGGUCCUCUCCCACUCCCUACACUAAACCGUCUGCGCCCUGUUUACACCUGGGGUGUCUGGAACCACUGCACUGUGGGACCCUGAGCAAGACACCUAACCCCCAAUCGCUCCUGACCAGCUGGUUGGUGCCUUGCAUGGCAGCCAAAUGCUGUUGGUGUGUGUGUGUGUGGGUGAAUGAGAAGCAUCAACUGUACAAUGAUGAAUAAAAUACAAAUGAAUUCAUCCAAAUAUAAAUGCCAUUUAUAACCAUUUAGCAUGAAAUACUGUAGGUCAGUCCCCUGUUACUGUAGGUAUCUGGGCUGACGUUCCCUGUGGACCGGUGUGGAUGUUUUGAUGCCUGAAAUGCUGAUGGGAAAGAUUUUGAUGGGACCAUUUUCUCAGUACUUCCAAAUCCAGCACCGGUCAUUCCAACAGAGAUGGACUUUUGUAAAUGGGAACAUAUGCAAGGUGUGCUUUAUUAAUGUGCUGAAGAUGGGGCUGAUUUUAUUCUCAUUUGGUUAUUCCCUAUAAUGUAAGGAUGUGAUCUCAAAUGGUCAAACGGUGAUUGUACAAUUCCCUAUUGUGUCGUUGGUUUUCAUGGGUGACCAUCAUAGCAACGCUGCCAUGUCCUAUGAAGUUCUGUAUCUACUGUUCCUUUUCUGAGUCUACUGUACCAUAAUCUAGCAUUGGAACCCCAGUGCCAUAAAUGUAAACGGCAUGUAACCUCAGCCCAUAUUAAUGAACUGUCAAGACAAUAUAUUGACAAAUAUACAAAUUACAGAGGCUAUCGCCUUUUCACGCACACACACACACACACACAGGCACACAGGCACAUAGGCGCACAUUUUGAACACUGCUAUGAAAUAUUUGCAGUUAUAUUUUUUUAACAUUCCCACCAGUAUAAUGUUGUGUAUCGUCUGUGGGGAGGGGACCUGACUCACACUGAUGCACUGGAAUAGGCUUUGCUUUCAUUCCCUUCCAUCUGCAGCUGCAGACCUGUGAAUUGUAAGGUUCUAACUGAUAUUUUUCACAAAAAUGAGUUGGUGUCAUAAAUAAGGGCCCUUUGAUAGGAUUUUCAUAUUGUACUUUUAGGGUGUCUGACAUUUUGAUCUAUGAAGAACUUGCCCCGCAUUUCAGAUUUGCUGUCUCAGGAUCUGAAGCUCAGUGUCUGAAAACCACUAGAACCUUAUCAUUUCAAGGUCAGAGUUAUAGAAUUACACACACAAAGGGCCAAAUCCAGCCCUGACAGUGCGGUUUAUCUCUUGCAGCUGAGGGGCGGGCCGGUUCUGAUCCGAGGCCGGUCCAGGUUUGUGCCGUUUACAGCCUUAUGAUGCUCUGAGUUCAAACGAAUGAGAUCAAAAUAUCUUUUGUAAAAAUAUCGUACUAAUGACAAGUUUCCUUUAACAUUUCGCAAGUUGUGAUUUUUUUGUUUGUAAUCAGUGCCAAAAAUGGAUUGUAAAUUAUUUAAUACAUGAGUCAAAUAAUAAAGCGAUGAUUACCUAUUUCACCUGUACGUUUUUCAAGUUUCUCGUAAAUUGUCAUGUCUGUCCGAUAUGGCACAGCCCAGAGCUUCAGUCUCUCAGUCCAACAGUCUGUACAUUAUAGUUUUUAUAUAUAUUCAUGCAUUUUCCAACAGCACAGUGAUUUACUUUUACCUUGCAAUAAAAAUUGUUCAAUUAAAUUAUUAAAGGCAGUUAUUUUGAAUAAAAACAGGUGAUCAUAGAA